AUGCAGGUCCAGUCACCCCAGCCCUUGUCCAGGCUGUCGGCGGACAUUCCCCUCUUGGAAGGUACUCCGGUCGAUGGAUCGCCACAACAUCGAGACGUCCUCCAGGAGCGUUACGCUGCGCAGUCUCACAACACUCAUAGCAGUACAGCUUCGCCACAAGUGGGACAAAGAAGCAGUCUCAGCCCCUCCGACAGCUCUCACGCACAGCGGAGCGUCGCCACAGGAAACUAUUACACCGGCAAUGUACACGCACAACACAUUGGAUUGGCAGGCUUCGGCGUCGAGAGGUCGGAAAAGCAGAUCAGAUGCGAGCUCGGGCGAUUAUACAAGCUGCUUCAGCGGUCAGAGAAGUACCAGACAUAUCGCGAAAAGCAACCAGCUCUCACACCGGCUGAAGUCGUCGCGAGAGACGCUGCAGAGAGAAAAGAGCAGGAAAAGAGAAAGGCACAGGGACUACAGCAAGAAAAGGACAAGACUGUCUGGCCUGACUUCUUAGAACAAGCCUUCUGGACGGCACUCGUACGAUGGCCGCCAAUGGGUCGGAAGAAAUACAUGCUUGAAGGCACGCAGCGAGGGCGGAAUGAGCUGAUCCAGGAUUCUAUUUACAGAGACACCGGUAUCAGACGCGAUCGCAAACAGGUUUCCAGCCAUCUCCAGGUCCUGAAGGACAAGCUCAGAGGUGUUCCUGCUGUCCUACUCUACAUGGCCACACCAGAGGACGUCUCUAAGCGCCGAUCUACGAAUACAUCCGCCCGAUCAUCCUAUUCGUCACAGCUGCAUGGCCGCCAACAUGCGCAGCGCACAGAGUCUGUUACCAAGUCCGAUUCCAGUACCUCCUCGCCGCACGUUUUGCCGCAUUGUAGCGGCCCACAAUCCGACCUCGCCCUGGGUUCCGGCCCGGAUUCUGAUGCGCUGUCUUCUUCAUUCGCAGUCACAGGCUUCAAGAUCCUCCUUGAGGGUGAUCAUCAGCCCAUGCACUGUUUGGCUCAACCACAAUCGCAUGGCAGGCUCGAUAGCUCGGAUGUUGUAGAUCAUGCCUCUUGGCGCCAUCAAUACCGCGAGUUUGACUUCCUCCGAUCCGAGACCGAGGAAUGGAUAGAGAACGAUCGGGAAGUGUUGGUUGGUACCGCAUCUACUGCCUUGAUGACAGAAGUGACGCCAGAUGCCGACCUGACCAUCAUCUUCGAUCUUCACUCGCAUUCCGAUUUGUCGAGAUACGACUAUGUGGAAUGCAUGACGCGAUUUUACAACAGCGGCGACAACGUAAUCGACCCGCAGUUUGACCGUGCGAGGCAUGACCGGGAAGAAACGCGAUCCACUUGCGAAUAUCGGCGAGACCCCCAAGGCUCUCAAGGUGUCCUAUGCGUGCAGUUUACGACGCAGCCAUGGGCGAGGCGUGUGAGGGAGAACCAAAAUCUGAUGCACAGAAGCGAGGAAAGUGUCAAAGAAUCGCUUCAACACCUGGCAGCAAUACAGUACAUAUAUGGUGUUGUUGCUAACACAGGCGAGUUCCGAUACCUCACUACAGUUCUUUGGAGGUUCCAGCAGAUGAGUGAAUCUGCAGAAGUUGGCAACAUUGAGUGGCGUUCCGUGAAGUUCGCUGAUCAUCCGUCAGCUGCAGGAGAAAGACAUUGUUAUGAGGCGACAUUCAAGGCUGAAGAUUCGGAAGACACGGAAGAUGGUCACAAGCGUACCCCAGCCAUACCAACGUCUACACAUACAGCUGCGACGCCUUAUUACCAAACUACACAACUGCCACUGGACUUGGCACAGACACAUAUAAGCCACCACUCAUACGAGACUGAGCCUCGCCAUGCGUACUUGCAACCACCUCUCUCCGUUGAUGUUCUCAGAUCAAUGCAACCAGAUUCAGACCACCUCGACACCUCGGUGGCCACCACUACCACCGAGUUCUCUGGCGAAAGCUUUGCACUAUCACGUACUUCAGGCAUGGCAUCGCCGAACACACAAGGCAAUGACUUCAACUUCAACGGCGGGCACGUGGGUAUCAGAGGCAACUUCGAAUCUGGCAACCCCCAGGUAUAUGGAGGCUUCCUUAGCCAAAGCACUGGACACGAAGGAUUGCAUACGCUUGCUGGACUGGAGCACGAUGAGCUCGCAACCAUGGGGCUUGCUGUCGGCGAACAUGGACAGCUGAUUCCAGUGGAUGCAAACAACGAUCUGCACUAUUCCACAAAUGCAGCUUGCUAUUCGGCCAAACCCAACUGGCAGCACGCACAACUCGUCUCGCACCUCGAGAACGCAGCAGAACAGUACCGUCCUUACCUCAGCCAUGAUGGCCAUGCUCAGGCAGCAGCAAAUCACGGUAUUGUCCAUGGCCACGACCCAUAUCAACAAGUCGGUCAAAGACAGGAUUCAGUGGCGGCUAUCUUCCCCAACGUGAAUCACACCUUUUGGGGUUUGCACGGGCUCCAAAGCCCAUUCCAAGACGACAUGGGUAGUGGUGCCGUUCAUGGGACAGAACACUUGUAA